AUGCAGACAGUGGCGCCAUGGACCCUCGGCCAGCUGUCGUCCCCCGAAUGCUGGCAGCUGCUGCGGCGCGGCUCCCAGGAGCAGAGUGGAGCGCCGUACUUCGGACUGGCGGCGCGGUGUGCGCGCUCGCAGCGCUCGCAGCUCGCCAUGGUCGAUGACGUCACGCGGCGCCAGUGCGAGCAGCUGGCGGCCCGCAAGGAGGCGCUCGCGUUCAGCUACAGCAGCCGCGGCCGCCAGUGCCUCGUCAACGCCUGCCCCGAGAUCGGCGCACGGGCCAGCCUCGCCGCCGACCGCCGCUUCCUCUACUACAGCCGCUACUCCGGCAGGGCUCGCGUGCCGCUGAGCUGCUACCUGUACCGUGCGUGGGCGCCACGGCACCCUCGCACCACCGGGCCCGACAACGGCUGCGUCACGCUGGACUCCAGCGGCCGCUGGAGAACCACGCGCUGCGCCCAGCGGCACGCCUUCCUCUGCGAGCUCUUGCCUCCUGAACGCCGUUCUCCAGGCUCCGGUGCUGUAAAAGGUGACCUGACAGCGGGAGGAAUCACUUCUGAGGACGUAACAGUUCUGGAUUACUGCAGUAAAAAUGACUCAAUGUUGAGAAAUAAGCAGCCAGAUUUAUGGGCCAGAGAGCUAAAAUAAACAUAAGUAUUCAAUAAAGACGAUCCA